AUGCCUGUCAGAAGAGGACACGUCGCUCCCAAGACGACCCUUAUUGAAACGAUAAUCAGGAAAUUUGAUACGCAUAAUCGUAGCUUUCUAGUGGCCAAUGCACAGCCGGAAUCGUGUCACAUCAUCUUCUGCUCGGAUGGUUUCUGCAAGAUGACCGGUUUCACGCGGGCAGAGGUGAUGCAGCGGUCCGCCUGCACCGAGUUCCUGCAGGGCCAGAUGACCUCGCCGGCCGUCAUCCAGUCGAUCAAGGAGGCCCUGAAGAAAGGCGAGGAGAAGCACUUCGAGAUACUGUACUACCGGAAGAAUGGUACGAAAUUCCUGUGUUCCGAGGUGAUAGCCCCGAUCCGCUCCGAGGUGGACGACAUCUCGCUGUUCAUCAUCAACUUCGAGGAUCUAACCAACCCGACCACGCCGGAACCGCUGGAACCGGUCAAGCUGAGCAAAUUUGACCGUGCAAGGGCUAGCUUUCGACAAUCGUUCCGUAUCGGGCACAUUGCACUGCGCGAUCGGGGUCUCCGGCUGGCCGGCUAUUUGACCCCGCCAUCCGAUGCCACCCAGGAGGAGGAGGAAGUGGGAAUUAACAAAAGUGCCAUCGAGAGCGAUAGGGUAAGCCAAACGACGGUGCUAAAGGUGGAAACGAACAUAUGGACGCCCAUGUCGACCCCGGCGUUGACGAGGACAAAGGAACUGGACGCCUUACCACCGGACGUGGACACGCUCAGUGGACCAGGAGAAAUUGUGAUAACCUCGCCGGUGACGGCCAAAAUGGAAGUGACACCCGAGCUUCCAGCGUCCAUCACCGACAUUAAACCAGAGUUUCAGCAAACCAAAAGUUUAGACUUUGAGAUACAAUCAAAACAUUUCGAACACACUAAACUAAUCCAGUCUUAUGAAAGUACGCACGCGAAAAAUUGUCGAGGGUUAAUAGAAAAGCGUGCUCAUACGAUAGACGAUUUUAUGCGAGGACCCACGAGCCAUCACGCGCGACACUAUUUUCCGUACGUGUCCUCCGAGAGCGACCUACAACGCUACAAAGCAGUGCCAUUAAAGCAGAACUCGAGCCGCGAACCGCGAACCAGUUCGUCACUUUCAAAUGUGCCUUCAGAUUCUACUAAAACUAAGGAUAAUGGAUCCGCGAAAUAUUUUCAGGGAACAAGACAAACAAUAAAUAUGGGUGAAAAAGUAGCACAGACCGUGAAUGAUGUUGCCUCCGGAAUCAUGUCGGAGACAAGCUUGCGUGCCAACUCGUGCAUUGAGCUGUCCGAGAUUAAGAAGCUGGACAGUCUGCUGCGCCAGUGUGAAACGCUGAGCUACGACGAUUUGUCCUCGAGCAGCAAUGGCGACCGCGAGCUGGCAGACUAUAUGGAACCGAAGGGCCGCAUGAAGCGCAGAAACUCGUCGGCCACUCUCAUCACGACACCACCGAUCAUCACCCAGACGGCCAUCCGAGCGCUUUCCAGUUUGAACAUUUUCAGUAGUGCUAAGAAAAUCAUGCGGAUGGUCAACGAGAACCCGUUGUCUUACUACGACCGGAACUGCGCGCUGCCCCAAAUGAGCCAGGAAGGCUACAAAACCAAAAGUUGCUCCAAUCUGCAGAAGCCUAGCCUGUGCUAUGGCAAACCCAAAUCGAACGAAAACAGUGCUACCGGGGCUGACCACUUCUUCAGCAUAUCGGAAAAUAUCCUAACGACUGCCGAUAAGGGCCACACAGAUGACGCCGAAUGCGAUUGUCACUGCCCACCAGCGCCACAUGUUGAUAACAGCGCCGGUGACAGUGGCAAGAACGGGAACCCCCUGGCAAACCCCCUCGGACUCGGACAGAAGCAAUCCGUUUACAAGCGAAGGCACAAUGAAAGGCAAAGCAAUAAUUACCAGCACCAGCGUCAUCAACAGCAGCAGCAGCACAAUCAUCCAUCGAAGGAGAACGCCACGUCUCCCACCGCUUGCUCCGCCCUCCGCAGGCCACACAAAUCCGACCAGUUCGUAAAGCAGCGCCGGAUCGACCCGGACGACGAGAAUCGCAUCGUAAACAUCAACGAAACGCCCAACAUAGUUCCUAUCUCGCUGAACGAUGUCAACGACUCGUCCUCGUACGAGGGGGCUUGUGACGAGGGGCCCGCCGCCAUCGAACACCGAACGUCGUCGUCGAUGAGGCAUCAAAAGUCCCUGGACAACAAAUCGGAUAAGUCACAGCUGUCGCAGGCCAACAGCACCCGGUCCCGGUCCAAGUUCUCGCCGCAGUACCUCUCGCGGAAAAUUUCCUGCAAGGCGACCAGCAUCGGCGGCAUUGGCAGCGCGGGCGCCAAGGAGCUACUGUUGGGGCACAAGUUCGAGAAAAUCCUGCCAGAGCCGGUCGAAACCGUCCUGUCGCUCGGCGCCGAUGUAUUACCGGAAUACAAACUACAGAGUCCACGUGUUCACAAAUGGACAAUACUGCACUACUCUCCGUUCAAGGCGGUGUGGGACUGGAUAAUAUUAAUAUUAGUUAUGUAUACAGCAAUAUUUACCCCCUACGUAGCAGCAUUUUUGCUGAACGAACCUGACUUUAAUCAAAGAAAGAACCGCAAGUACGCGGACGACCCGAUUGUGAUAAUUGAUUUAAUAGUGGAUGUAACAUUUGUCAUAGAUAUAUUAAUUAAUUUCCGAACAACGUUCGUCAACGGCCAGGAUGAGGUUGUGUCGCAUCCGGGCCGCAUUGCGGUGCAUUACCUGAGCGGUUGGUUUCUGAUCGACCUGGUGGCAGCCAUCCCGUUCGACCUGCUGCUGGUCGGGAGUGAUACGGACGAGCUUGGCUUGGACAAAGAUGAGACAACGACUCUAAUUGGUUUAUUGAAAACGGCACGUCUAUUGCGUCUAGUGCGAGUGGCAAGAAAGAUCGAUCGCUAUUCGGAAUAUGGCGCUGCUGUUUUAGUAUUACUGAUGGCUACCUUUGCACUAAUCGCUCACUGGCUGGCUUGUAUUUGGUACGCAAUCGGUAACGCCGAACGGCCGACCAUGAAGAACAAAAUCGGCUGGCUGGACGCGCUGGCCGAAGCCACCCAGGAGUAUUACUAUGCCAACAACACCGGUGGAGGACCGUCGAUAAAGUCACGCUACGUGACGGCGCUGUACUUCACCUUUACCUCGUUGACUUCGGUGGGCUUCGGUAAUGUGGCACCGAACACGGAUGCCGAGAAAAUAUUCACGAUAUGCGUGAUGCUGGUUGGGUCCCUCAUGUACGCCAGUAUCUUCGGUAACGUUUCGGCCAUCAUUCAGCGGCUGUACUCCGGUACGGCACGGUAUCACACACAAAUGCUGCGUGUUCGUGAGUUCAUUCGAUUCCACCAGAUUCCGAACCCGCUGCGGCAACGAUUGGAGGAGUACUUUCAGCAUGCCUGGACGUACACGAACGGAAUCGAUAUGAACUCGGUGCUGAAAGGGUUUCCCGAGUGCCUGCAGGCCGACAUCUGUCUGCACUUGAACCGGAACCUGCUCAACAAUUGCUCCGCCUUCGAGGCAGCCAGUCCCGGCUGCUUAAGAGCACUUUCGUUAAAGUUUAAAACAACCCACGCACCGCCCGGUGACACUCUGGUGCACAAAGGAGACGUCCUCACGUACCUAUACUUUAUAGCGCGAGGUUCUAUAGAGAUUUUAAAAGACGACGUAGUCAUGGCGAUAUUAGGGAAAGAUGAUAUUUUCGGUGAGAAUCCCUGCACGCAUGCGACGCUGGGAAAAUCGAACAGUAAUGUUAAAGCAUUAACUUAUUGUGAUCUACAUAAGAUUCAUAGAGAUGACUUAUUAGACGUGUUAGAUUUAUUUCCGGAAUUUUAUGAUAGUUUUGUAAAUAGUUUGGAAAUUACGUAUAAUAUGAGAGAUGAGGAGCAAGCGGGAAUAGAGUUAAGGCAUCGGCAUAUGCGACUCGGGUCACAGGAUAGAGACAGUGACACGCGAUCCUAUGUUAGAAGGAUAAACACGAUGCACCAUCAUAGACCCAGUCAGACCAAAUGUGAUAUUCCAAAUGAUAGAAGUUCGGGACAAAUAAGCACUAACUUCGAUGAUGAUCGAAAGUUUUCUAUAUCAGGAAUGAUGUCUCAUAUAAAGCGAAGCAUACCAGAUCUUAGAUCGAACAAACAUCAACCACUAACCAGUACUUGUGCAUCUCCUAACGAAAGUCCCAAAAGCUCGCACAAGCACAGUCCGCCCAGCGAUCAUCAGUCGCCGAAGGGAGCACCGGAUACCGUCACACUGAGUGCCAUCAGCAAUCGAGCCUGCGCGUGUGGCUCCAAGGAACCGCCGGUGAGCCGGCCCGGUGCCAUCGUCGCCACCGGUACCGUGGACCUCAAUAUCAAGUGCAUCAGUCCGGACGAGGACGUGUUUCAUCAUUCGGCACCGGUGACCGGCAUCAGCGCCGGGCAGCACCGAGUCACCAGCGAGCAGCGCCUGCAGCACCAGGAUAAUCUAGGAUCAUUAUCAAACCAAUUAUCCGAUUUAACGAUAAGACUAGACAAUUUAGAGGGUAGCCUGAAGAAAGAUAUCAGAACGAUUCUGGACAUCCUGCAUCAGCAGCAGCAGAUGCAGCUGCAGUUCCACCACCAGCAGCUGCAGCACCAGCAGCAGCAGAUGCAGCAGUCCGGCAAGACCGGAAUGUCCUCGUAUCAACCGUCCGAGAGUGAUUUCUCCUUCGACAUGUGCGGCGGCGUCAGUGGCGUCGGAGAGCCGGGCAGCAGCAUGACCAAGCAUCAACAAGCGCAACAACGAACCAACGUGCAGCGGUCCGUCUCACAGCCCGAGUGCGCCAACGAGAAAAGCCUUUUCAAGUGCUCAAAAUUUUCCUCGUUUAACCAACCGAUGGAUGACACCCCGGAGGGUCACAAUUGGAACAUUUUCGCACCAAUCGCCAAGCUCGAAUCGCUGGACGAAAUCGAUCAGGAUAGUAAACAUUCCAUCAGUCAAGAGAAGCCUCAAUAA